ACGGGGGUGCAGGAUUAAGCGGUACACCGGGCCACCGAGGCACGCGGCCAGCUGGGCGAGUGAACACAAGUCCGUACAGUACAGUAGUCACCAGCGCGUAGGCUCCACUCUCCCCCAUGGUCUCCCCGCACUCAACCUGCUAACUGCAUGGACCUACACGGAUUUCCUUUGCUGUGGGAGGCUGCUUGAAACCAAAUGUCUGCAGAAAAUGAGGAACUGAGAGCACAACUGAGCAGGAUGUAACAAAUCCGCGGAGGAUAAUGUCAAGAAGAACAAAAGAGACUAGUUGUUGUUUUCCUCCGCCGCCUCAGUGGGUGAAUUAAACAGCCAUCAACCCACCGGCUAACGCUAGCUCGCUGCAUUACAGACUUGGACGAAUGGUGUGUCUUUAUGAGGUGGUGUCUCCUACCUGAUCAUAAUAUCAAGCAUCUUUUCCUGAUAGCUUGUUUGCUGAGCCUAUCCCUGUUUUGACCUAUACUCACAAUGGCAACUGUGGUUAGCUACACUGCACCGUGGUGGGUCAAUCUACUCCACAGACUUCCACAUUUCAACUUCAAGUUUCAGCAAACAAGCAGCGAUUUCCAACCAGAGGACUGGCCUUAUCAGCAGUCCAUCCUGUUGCUGGGAGGUGUGGCGCUGGCCUGUCUGGCUCUGGAUCUGCUGUUCCUCUUCAUCUACUCUCUGUGCCUCUGCUGUCGGAGGAAGAAGGAUGAAGAACGCACCAACGCAGACUGCUGCUGCACGGCUUGGUGUGUCAUCAUCGCCACCCUCGUCUGCAGCGCUGGCAUCGCCGUCGGUUUCUAUGGGAACGGGGAGACUUGUGAUGGAGUGAACCGCCUGACGUAUUCCCUGCGCCACGCCAACCGCACAGUGUCGGGGGUGCAGAAGCUGGUCUACGGCAGCACGACGGCUCUGAACCAGACUGUGGAGGAGAACCUGCGGCAGCUGGAAGGGCAAUACUCCCCAAACGCAGACUACCUGUCCAUCGUCCAGAAGCUGCAAGGACAGUUGGAUGAGCUGGUCAAGCUGAUGGUGGAGGUCCCCUUCUGGGACAACACCAGAGUCUCCCUGGAUGAUCUUGCGGUCAAACUGGAGCUGUAUGACUGGUACAGGUGGCUGGGUUACAUCGUCCUGCUUCUCUUCGAUAUUCUCAUCUGCCUUCUGGUACUUUUCGGCCUCAUUCGAAACUCCAAGGGAACGCUGAUCGGAGUGUGUCUGUUUGGAGUAGUGGCUCUGGUAAUCAGCUGGGUGUCCCUGGGGAUGGCUUUGGCUGUGUCAGCGUCGUCCAGUGAUUUCUGUGCCUCUCCGGACACGUUUGUGAUCAAAGUAGCAGACCAGUAUGGAGUCAUCAAUAAUGAUAUUCUGCAGUACUACCUCCGCUGCAGCCCAGAGGCAACCAACCCCUUUCAGCAGAAACUUUCUGGAAGUCACAAAGCCUUGGUGGAGAUGCAGGAUGACGUGUCUGAACUUCUGCGCUCUGCCACUGGAGAGUACAGCCAAACCAGGGGCCGAUUGGAGGAGAUCCAGAGCAUUUUGAACAGCACAGAGAUCAGCCUCCAUCAGCUGACUGCGCUGGUGGACUGUCGCAGCCUGCACCUGGAUUACGUCCAGGCCCUGACCGGACUUUGCUAUGACGGGCUGGAGGGUCUGAUCUACCUGGUGCUGUUCUCUUUUGUCACUGCGCUCAUGUUUAGCUCCAUCAUCUGCAGCGUGCCCCACACCUGGAGGGGAAAGAGGAGUGAUGAUGACAGUGAGGAUGAGUCCCUGAGUCAUGGGGGCAGACAGAACAAUGAUAACCUGUACCGCGUGCACAUGCCCAGCCUCUACAGCUGCGGAAGCUCCUACGGCAGCGAGACCAGCCUCCCAGCCGCCGCUCACACUGUUAGCAACGCCCCCGUCACAGAGUACAUGGCUCAGAACGCCAACUUCCAGAACUCGCGCUGUGAAAACACUCCCCUGAUUGGACGAGAGUCUCCUCCCCCUUCAUACACCUCCAGCAUGAGAGCCAAGUACCUGGCCAACAGCCGACCAGAAGCCAACAGCUCUGCGUCCCACUGAAAAACCUGCAUCCUCCCGUUCAAAUCCCCACGUUUUCUGUUCUGCUUCUCACCACAAUUUUUCCACAAUCUCACAAACACACUGGUCGGACGACUUUGAAGCCUAAAACGACAACUAUUACCACUGGGGGAAAUGCUAAAUGGUGCUGAUGGAGCUUAAAGAACUGCAUUUAAAACCAACUUUUUUUUGUUUAAGGGUAUAUUGAUACUACUGCUAGUCAUUCUGGUAAUUUGUUGAGUACUGUAUAUUCACUCAUUGUCUUAGGAGAGGAGGAGCCUUAUUUGUUGUAUAGACAUCACACAGUAGUUCAUUUUUGACCUAGUUUUUAGACAAUUCAUCUCACCAUCUCAGGUCUUUCAAAGCCUCAAAUGCAAAUAUAACAACAUAACAUGUACUCAAUUAUGUGUUUUUGUCUUAACUAAACGUGGGACCAGUUUUUCUGCACGUCUUAAAAGUUCAACCUUUUUUUUUUUUUACUUAUUUCUGGGACUAUUGUUUAGAAGUUUAUUCUGAAGACUUUUCCGUGGUUGGUAACUGUGAGCUCAUUCCAGCGUAUGCCCUGAAUCUCCUGAAAAUGAAGAAAAGGCAGCUUGUGUGAUUGGAGCGUGUAAAAUGACUUAAAAUAAGGACUGAUGUGUAAUACUGGAAGCACAUUGUACAAACUUUUAUGGGACAAUGAGGAACUGAAGGCUGUAGUUAAUACGCAACUUGUAAAUGUCUCAUAUUUUAGCUCACCACUCAUCCAAUUAGAUUUUUUAUAUUUCUGGGUUGUCAUCGCAAAUCAUCUUCCUCCUUGUACAUCAGAUGCCCUUUCCUUAUUUCACUGCUUUUCCAAUCUGCACAUGUUCCAGUGGUUUGCGACCCCUAGUGGCUGGAUUAAGCGCAAACCCGAUCUCAAUUUUUCUCCAAUCUUUUAAAAUGAUCUCCUGAAUAUAUUGUAAAAAACAUUCAUAAGGGUAUGAAUUUGAUCCUUAUGCUAUGGAAAUGUGGUGUCUCUAAAAUGUGUUUUAGCAUUUAAAAUAUAUGUAACCGUGAUGCUGUGAAGGGACUGAUAUAAACCACAUUUUGAACCCUGAAUUCAGUGUAUUUUAAGUCAUAUUUAUGGCGAGUUUUCAGAUUAGGAGAACUAUUGAACUGUGCUAGUGACUUGCAUAACAAAAUCCACAAAUUCCCUUUUAAAUGUCUAUAUUUAGGCUAAAUGUGGAAGUUAUAAAAAUGAGCCAAAUUGUUGUAUUCAGUAAUGCCCAGUUCAAGUCUAGUUCUGGUGAAGUCUUACUCUUUUCGUUGUUUAUGCAUUGCUGUACAUAGUAUAAACAUUUACAGUCUCUGAAAAUACUUUUGAUUUAUUUUAACGUUUUGCUAAUUUUUUUUUUCUUUUUUUAGCAUUGUUUGUUCACAGAUUGACGUUUCAUUAAUGUGAAUAAUAGACUUUUAUUUUGUUUUUAAAAUGACUGUAGUAUUUGUUUCUACCGUUUUUGCAUCUAUAAAAUGUGUAAAUGUAAAAAGAAAAAAAAAAUGUGGUUACUGAGCUUGGAUGAUGUGUUUUAAAAAUUAAACAAAUUGUAAAUGUAGU